AUGUCAAAGGAGAUCGUUGAACGAAUUCGUAACCAGUGGGACUUUGCGGAGUACAGCGAGCUGGAACUGCACACCAUAUGCGGCAUCAUCGAGGUUAAUGCGUUCGAGGUGGGCCAGGAACCGACCAAAGCCCGUGCACUCUUCCCCGAGGCGUACCUACUGAUGCACGACUGUACACCGAACACUGGCCACACGGAUGCACCUCAAACGCACCACCUUACCGUGCGGGUGCUGCGGGACGUUAAGGCGGGUGAGCCACUCACCCAAACCUACGCUCACAUCCUGCAGGGUACGCUCAAGCGCAGACAGCACCUGAGGGAGGAAAAGUUCUUCUCGUGCAACUGUCACCGCUGCACCGAUCCGUCCGAGCUGGGCACGAACUGUAGCUUGUCUAUGAUAAGAUGA